GUAGUAACCGAUCCACAGCACAACGGAGGCACAGUUCCCUGACGGCCGCCGCGGAUACCUGACGUGACACAAGCGACGACCAGCUCGAGAAGUCUUCUGCCUGGCCACCAUGAGCAAGCAGCUGUUGAGCGGACACGUGGUGGAGGAACUCACCAAGGAGGAGCAGAAGGCGAUUGGCUUCAAUAAUUUCGUACACGGAAUAGUCCGCCUCAAGCCCGAGGGAUGGGUGUACCCCGGCACGGCGCCCACCUUCCUCGACAGGAUAUACAACAUGGAGUUCCGACCUGACGACGUCCUGAUCACGACCUUCCCCAAGUCCGGCACCACUUGGAUGCAGGAGAUCAUCUGGACGAUGGUGCACAACCCCAAGCUGGACAACCCCAAGGCACAGGAAUCACUGUGGCUGCGCUCGCCGGAUAUCAGCCUGGACAUGAUGUUUGAUUCGAAGACAUUAGGCGGCAAGGCGCCGGAAUCCUACCAAAAAAAGUUUAGGGAACAGUGUCCGGGCAAGAACGAGAAGGAAGGUGUAACCCUCCACCUGGCAGACGCAGAGCCCAGUCCCCGCAUCCUGAAGAGCCACUACCCGUUCACCCUCAUGCCCAAGGACGUCCUCGACAGAGUAAAGGUUGUGUACGUGACCCGGAACCCCAAGGACAUGGCUGUCUCGCUGUUCAACAACUUCAAAAUGUUUAAAGUGUUCGAGUUCGAGAGCGAAAAGGAGGAGUAUUUCAAAGACAUCAUGAACAACAAAAUUCUUUAUUGCCCCUACUGGCCCCACGUGAAGGAGGCGUGGGGGAAGAGGCACCACCCUAACCUGCUCUUCGUCUUCUACGAGGAUAUGAAGGCCGACAUCAUGAAAGAGCUGGGAAGGAUCAACGAGUUCCUGGGAACAGGGCUGAGCCAGGAGUCCCUCGAGAAUGUGGCGCGACACACCUCCUUCUCGGCCAUGAAGUCCCGAGGAGAGCCAAUCACAGACCCAGUGUUCGACAAGAAAGAUGACAACGAAGUCAGAUUCUUCCGAAAGGGCACGACGGGUGACUGGAAGAACCACUUCUCGCCGGAGAUGCAGAAGGAGUUUGACCAAUGGAUUAAGGAAAACCUGGCCGGCAGCGACCUGAGCCUGAGCUGGGCCCUGGCGGAGUGAGCCACGCCAUGGCGCGGCGCCAGCCACUCUUUCGCUCACUCGUGUGAAGUAGUAUGUGGGUGCACUCUUUUAGUUUUCAGAUUUGUAGUGCAGAAUUCAGCAUUCCAAAAAAACUGCUUUUUUUUUUACUAUUAAUGUUAAUUCCAGCAAUGUUCCACAAAAUUUAUAUGACGACAGCAAUAUUUUUAGUGUCUUGAAACUUGUUUACUACCGAGUAACGGUUAAACCAGUGCUCUGUUUGCGUCAUUGUGGUGUUCAGCUGAAGGUGUGAGCCAACCAGAUGCUUGUUAUGCAGGGUUGGUGAUUUUUUUGUUUAUUUAAAAAAAAAUAGUAAAAUAAAAAAAUCGGAUUUUUUUUAUAUUAUGCUUUAUAUAUAUAUAUAUAUAUAUAUAUAUAUAUAUAUAUAUAUAUAUAUAUAUAUAUAUAUAUAUAUAUAUAUAUAUAUAUAUAUAUAUAUAUAUAUAUAUAUAUAUAUAUAUAUAUAUAUAUAUCCUGCUGAUUGAUUUGAAAGUCUCCAUAGGUUAAUUUAAGUUUAGGGCCUGUAAGUCUGAGCACAGUCAAGGAUACAUACUUGUUCAAUACUUGUUUGUAGUUGGUACAGGAGCAGGUUUAGGACAGAUAGAGUUGCUUGAAGUUGUCAUUUUCAUGACAGCAUAUUAUAUUAUUACCACACAGAAGAAUAUCUACUUUUAUUCUGUUACUGUUUGGUUGCUAACCUUGGUUAUUAUUAUGAUACAUUGCCUUCCAAGUUAGUAAAGACUGAAGGAGGCUGAAUUUUUACCUAGUAAAAAACAUAUGGCAAGUUGGCAACAUUAGAGCAAGAGAAUAUAAUAAUGUAUGAUUUUUUUUUGGUAUAUACCUUGAAGAGAAUAAAUGAAUCAUUGCACAUGAA